AUGCUGCUCUGCGAAAACGACAAGAGCGCCCUCAGCGACGAGCUGAGGCAGCGCGACACGAAGGGUGACUUCCCCUUCUACUGCACCUCAUGCUCAGAGGCGGGCUUCCACGUCCCAGAGGCCCCGGUCGGAGCGGGCCGCUCGCGGAAGCGGCGGCACGCGCGGCGCGGGAGUGGCAGUGGAGAUGACGAGGAUGACGAGGACUACCAGGGACAGGAGGGGGGGGAGGAGGAGGGCGAGCAGGGACUAAACGCGGAACAGCAGCAUGAGGAUGAGGAGGGCGAGGACGAGCCCGAUGCUGGGGAGGUCAUGGAGGACGUGGCGCCGGUCGCGCGGCAGCCGCAAAGCGACCGGGCGGAGUCAAAGCCGUCGCACCACCGCGUGGCCGCCCCACCCCACAGCUCGGCAGCUGCCCCAGCAGCAUCAGGGCGCGGCGGGGCCAGGUCCGCGGCGCGCGGCAGGGGCCGGGGUCGGGGAGCUGGCCGCAGCGUCGGCGGCGAGGCCGUGGUGCGCGGGGACCGCCUCGACCGUUGGGCGGCGCGGCGGGCAGCUGAGGAGCGCAAGUUGCGGCGCGGGACAGAGGCGGCACGGGCGGGCCACACGGGGCCUGCCCUCGGCACGGCGGUGGCUGAUGAGAUCGUCACGCCGCUCCGCCCCAACGGCGCCAGCGGCGGCGGCGGCAGCGGCGGCGCGCCAGCUGCAGCGCGGCGCGACAACCUGGCCGCCACGCGGGGCCGCCCGCUGUCUGCUGGCAGUGUCAAGCUGUGGGAGGGCACCCUGGAGCUGGUGUCUGCCAGGGACGUGGUGGAGGGCGUCAAGCUGCGCAAGCCCAUUGUGGUGUCCAAGGCGCGGAUCGACGUGGGCCCGGAUUGCAACCGCCGCGCCCUCGCGCCCUUUGAGGCCGCCCUACGCCGCCACGCCGCCAUCGAACCGAGCGGCGCAGCUGGCGCUGCGGGCGUCACGCGCGGCGCUGCUCAGGGGGGCAGGCGGCUGACUGCGUACGUCGGCAAAGCCGUGGCCGUGGGUGAGGCUUUUGCGCGCGAGCUGGGGCGCACCGAGGACUUUGACGUCACAGCCUUCAAGGUCACCUUCCCUGCAGCUUCCUCGGUCAAGGAAGGGCUGAUGGCGUUUGGCUGCGGCGCCUCCACCCACUGGGUAGUGCUGCCCCUGGAGGGCGUCCCCCACCCCCUGCUAUUUACAGUGCGGCAGCACGACCUGGGCCUCAUGUGCAUGCACCCCAAGGAUGCGGCCACCGCGGCCAGGGUGUUCCGCCAGCUGUCUCGAUACGGCGACGCCGCGCCCUGGGCCCCUGCUUUGCCGACAAAUGCAGCUGAUGACGGGUACCAGGCGCAAACAGCUGGAGCGCAGCAGCGCCUGCAGCAGGCGCAGCAGCAUGCGCAGCAACUGGCACAGCAGGGACCGGGUGGCAUGGUGCAGGAGGGGUCGCGGCAGAUGGCCUGGGAUGAGUCGAACGCGCAUGACGCAGCUCGCCGCGCGGCUACGCACCCCGUGAGCUGGGCGUGGGAGCCGGCCUCGCCCGCCAGCCCUGGGCCUGCGACAAGUGACCGCACCGGCGCAGGGCGCGAGGGCCGCGGCGAUUCUUUGAUGACCGCACAGGAGGAGGCGGGGUCGGAGGAGGCGGCUUCAGAUGCAGCGGGAGCAGAGGAGGCGGGGGCUGGCGGCUAUGUCGGCGGCAGCAGCACAGACAGCGACAGCACGGGCUCGACGGAGCGGCUGGAGGGGUUGGCACGGGGCCGCCGCCGCGGCGGCCCUCACGAGGUGGUGGAGCUCGUGGAGAGCGAGGACGGCGCGCAGGGGGGGCAGUGGCAGCACGGCAGCGGCGGCGUUUUGCGACAGCAGCGGGGGCAGGGCGCUUUGCCCGAUGAGGCAGGAGGGACAGCAGAGGACGGAGAUGAGGCAGAAGGGGUGGCACCAACGCAGGCGCUGGAUGGGGACGCAAUGGAGUUGGAUGAGGAGGGCUGGGGGGAGCAGCAAGAGCAGCAAGAGCAGCACGAGCAGCAAGAGCAGCGGCAGCAGCCGAGCGUCUCCAGCGACAUUGAGGCUGAGGACGCGGCACCGUCGGGCAGCCCGGCGUGUGCCGCCCCCCAGCUGGACUCGCUGAUGGCCCUCUUCAACACACGGUCAGCAGGGGAGCAGGAGCCUGGGCGGCACGGUGGCCAGGCCGACAGCCUGCACAAAGGCGCAGAGGGUUCAGCGCGGGCACACGAGCACGCACGCCCUGCGGCCCUGGGCGUGCAGUCGCCCGACGGCACUCUGCUGGCGUCGCACGCCGCGCGCACGCCUGGCAUGGGCAGGCAUGGCCGUACGGCGGCCAACAUCGUGCAGCAGCAGCAGCAGCAGCAGCAGCAGCAGCAGCAGCAGCAGGCGAACGCGUCUCGGGCCACAGGGCUGGCCCCACUGUCUAUCGAGCGGGGGCCCGGGGAGUCGCCUGGCUACCAGCGUGCGGUGGAGUCCAGCGGCGUGCAGCAGCUGCUUGACUCUGGCGUCGCUGCAGGGCCGGGGGGCCUGGCGCUGUCGCGGCUGAUGCCGGGAGUAGAGACCCUGUGGCAAAGCGGUGGGGGCGGGUGGCGGCCCUUCAGGGUGCUGCUGCUGGGCUUUGGCGGCGGCAGCGACGCCCACGACGACGCACUGACAGACGGCCUGGAGGAGUGCCGCCGCCUGGGCGCCCACGUGUUCUGCAGCCUGCCCGACCUGCGGGCCGCAGUUCGCCUGCAGCGCGCCACGCAUGGCCCCGGCACCCCGACCGUGCUGGUGCUGCCGCGCCGCCUGGGACCGGCCGGCAUCCGGCAUGCGCUGGAGGCUGCAGCCGCCCCGCUUGGCAGGGGUGGCGGCGAAGCUGAUGGCCCCGACCAGCAGGCGGCCGCGCCGCUGCCCCCCUGGUGGCAGGUCCUGGCUACCCUGGCGCAGCCAGCCCUGGUCUUCUACGAGGCGCCCGGGGAGGGGGAAGGCCUGAUGACGCUGGCACGGCUGUGGCGUGGAGACGGGCGGCCACCGCCGUCAGAGGACCGGCCCUCCUGGGCAGCGGCGCUGGCGCGUUGCCAGCUGCACGCCUGCGGCAUCUCCCUUGUUGCCUGCGAGGUGGCGCUUCAGCACGCGACGCCCGCGUCCAUGGCGCGCCUGCUGUCCCUGCUGGCGCGCUGCAGGUCGCUGGCGCGUGCCGCCCCGGCAGACUUCCACCUGGCGGUGCGGCGGUGCGACCUGGACAACCUGGGCCACAGGAACGCCGCGGUGGCGGGGGUGCUGGCGGCGCGGGAGCACGCAGACGCAGUGCUGCUACUGGAGGACCUGCUGGGCGAGGGCGACCCGGAGGCGGGACACCAGGCGGGGGACGGCGACGUAGACAGCCCAGGCCACCCCGCCACCCUCCCUAGCAGCAGGGGCGACGUGCUGCCGCGACACCUGGCGACUGCGUCCCUGGGGCUGGAGGGCGGUGAGCCAGACGUAGUGCAAGACGCGGUGCACCUUGCGUGGCUGCGCCGCCGGCAGUUGCGCCUGGUGGUGGUCCUCGUGCCUGACGCGGCCGACGUGGACGACAGCAGGCACCACCAGACGUCUGCUGGCUGUCCUGAUAGCAACGGCCGUGCGCACAGCGGGGAUGGCAGCGAGUUGGGCGGUGAUCAGCGGCGCGCGGUCAGCCACGAGCACGCGGAGGUGGCGCUGGCUGCCUUGAGGGCGGUGCCGCGGCAUGGCUCUGUGCUGGCCGGGUCGUGGGACCAGACAUUGCGGCUGCUCGUCAGCAUUGCGGACAGCACAGAGCAGGAGCAGCAGCAGCAGCAGCAGCACUAG